GCGGCGGCGCGUAGCACAGCGCAGCCGGGCCAUGGAGAGCGAGGCAGGCGGCCCGCAGGCCACCACGCCGGGGCAGCAGCUCCGCGCCCUUUACGUGCUGCCGCCCGGUGAGAGCUCCUUCCGCAAGGUGGAGGAGGUGCCCGACUACGUGAGAAGUAUUCCAUUCUUCGUUGCUUUUAUUGUGCUGGAGUUUGCUGUCUGCUGGGUUCAGAAGCGUAAGCUGUCAGGUCGGAUCAAUGAUGGCGUAUGUCUUUCUUUAGGUAUUCUGUCUCGACUGCCAGAUGUUUUAUUCAGAAGAGUUGGCUUAAUUAGUUAUAUCUACAUAUGGAAUAACUACACACUCUUUGAACUUCCCUGGGACUCACCAUGGACAUGGUAUUUGAUGCUCCUGGGAGUGGACUUUGCAUGUUACUGCCUUCAUUGCAUAGGCCAUGAGGUUAAUAUACUGUGGGCCUCACACCAAGUACAUCACAGUUCUGAAGAUUACAACUUAUUCACAGCCUUGUGACAAUUUGUCCUACAAAGGUACACCUCCUGGAUUUUCAACUUGCCCAUGGCUCUUUUCAUUCCCUCGUCAGUGUUUGCUGUUCAUCUGCAGUUUAAUCUACUCUACCAGUUUUGGAUACAUACAGAGGUUGUUACCAACCUUGGGCCUCUGGAGUGGAUUCUUAAUACUCCCAGUCAUCACAGACUUCAUCAUGGUAGAAGUCCUUACUGCAUUGACAAAAAUUAUGGUGGCAGACUCAUUAUCUGGGGCAGGGUGUUUGGAACAUUCGAGGCAGAAGAUGCGAAAGUCAUAUAUGGUUUAACACAUCCAGUGAAUUCAUUUGAACCCAUCAUGCUCCAGUUACAUCCCUUGGCUCAUAUUUGGAACACAUUUUGGGCCACACCUGGAUUCUGCAAUAAGCUUUCUGUCCUAUUCAAAGGGCCAGGCUGGGGACCAGGCAAACCUAGACCUGGCCUUCCUGAGGAAAUCCCAAUCACUGGAAAAGAAGUUCCCUUCAAUACAAGUGUACCAGUUUAUCUUGAUUGCUAUGCAGUUGUACAUUUUGCUGUAACAAUGGACUUAUAUACUGAACUUCUUGCUGCUGCGACUAUAUUAUCAUAGGGAACUGUUCUCCUGAGAAUUGGCUUUAUCAUUCUUUCCCUGGCCUGUUUGGGACUACCUAUGGAGAACAGGCCUAAAGCAGGAAUUUUGGAAAUCCUUUGCUGUUUAGUCUUCAUGGGUGCGUACAAACUUGACUACUUCAGGAGUCAGUUUUCUUCCUUGGGCUAUGCAUAUGAGGUACACAUCACUUUCACGGAAGUCCUAUAUUUAUUUUUCUUUUUCUAUCUGGAAAUUCCCGAGUUACCUUAUAGAAAGAUGAGAAAUUUCAAAUGUACUGAUGCCAAAAGACAUAACAGCAGAUGUGGUUUCGGCUCAAAAAGUAAAGAAAAAAGCCCCAAACCUGCCUAGACAUCUCUGUGAGGGAUUGUUGAGUAUGGUUUGGUGGAGUGACAUCUAAUUUAAGGCAUCAAAGUCUAUUAUUGGAGCUGGCCCCAAGUGACUUAUAUAAGUCUGUCUGUCAUCUCCCAUUAGCAUGUGCUGGUUGCGAAAGGAUGUGGGAACCAACAGUAGGUUAAAAAUGAAAUGAACCUUGGAUGUAAUGCAAAGGAAAUGCCUCCAACUACCAGAGG